UUAUCCCAGGUGGCUGUUAUACUUCACUCUAGUCUGCAAAAGGAAGCAUAUGCCAAAGUCGAGGAUGAAGAAAGCUCGGGCCUUUUCGUAACCUUGGAUCUUACCCGCAUGCCGAAGAAACUACACGCUGCCACAGAUGCAGGACCACCGCGUGCUUCUUCCAAGGCUAGCAGCCCAGCAAUCACCGAUGCCGCCCCACGACCAAAGAAACGAGGUCGGACGAUAGGGUGGACGGCGGGAACCGGGCCGUACUUGGAAAAUAAAGGCCUGCCCGGCGCGAGGCCAAAGGUGAAGAAAGCUGCGGGCGACCUCAAGCGGAGAGCUCGCCGCCCCAGAAACCCCUCGCCCACGCCUCGUCGUGUAUACCUGGCCCUCAAGCCGAAAUUUGUACCGUUCCUCUGUGAGUGGGAGGGAUGCCCGGCCCAGCUGCAGAACCAUGAGACGCUACGAAGGCACGUUAUGAAGGUUCAUGGGCACGCCGAAACCUGUAAAUGGGGCAAGUGCGCAAAGCUCCAGCCAGUACCACAACCAAUGGGAAAGGACGAGCUUGCGGCCCACAUGGACAAGGCACAUCUCCUGCCCUGCGUCUGGAAUGCUGGCGAUGGGCCGCGCAACACCGAUCUGGGGAUGCCCAAUGCAGCGUCUAUGAGAGGGGACGCCGACCCGCUGCCGCCAUAUCUGUUCGACGAAGAUGGUCAUCAGGUGACGCCUUCCAUCAAGGACCAGGAUUAUGAGAAUGACAAGGACCGCAGGAACCGGCAGCAUAUGCUAGAUCGCCUAAUAACGCGGCGAGAUAACAACGCACCAGACGAGCCACAAUACACGCAACAGGAGUUGAAAGAGGUAGCCCUCGCUCUCAGCCAGAAGAAAGCCAAGCAGAAGAUGUUCAAGGAGUAUCGAGACCGCGCCGUAGGAGCCCCCGGUGUACAGGGG